CGGGUGUGGAUGGUGUGCGAAGUAGGGCGCACAUGUGUAUCCCUUAUAUUUAUAAAUCUAGGGUUCAUAGGUUUUGGUGCUAAAUGGCAGCUCACUUCUUGCGGGGUGUUCACAUCAGUGAGCGGGCCAUUCAGUACGCUGUGGGUGUUGCUGGUGGCUGCAUUUUUGGUGGAUACCUGCUUCCACAUGGAUUCUUCAUUGAAAAAUACAAGAGAUUUCUUCAGGCAUACAAGGAUGGCCUGCCCGUGCCGCUGAGCCCGCAGCUGCGACGCCACGUGGACGCCGUGCUGGACGACGCGGCCGUCGAUGCCGAGGAGCGGCAGCAGCUGCGCUUCUUCACGGCGUUCGGUGCCGACCCGGCGCACGCCGGCGAGACGGGCCUGCGCUGGGGCGCCGUCGUCGGCCUGCCGCAGACGUUCGCCUUCGCCAACGCCGAGGACGUGGCUGCCAGCGGAUUUGUGGUGGGUGGCCAGAAGGUGGCCUGGCAAUCACGCGAGGGCGCCCUGCUCAGUCACGGCCUGUGCCUGUCGCCGGCCGGACAGCGGUUCGCCAUCGCCCGCGAGCUGAGUCUGGCCCGCGCCUCACACGUGUACGCCGACGGCGCCAUCGGCACUGGCGCCUUCUUCGUCACGUAUUCGCUGGGACGUGCCACCAACCGGCGCAUGGGCUUCGCACAGCGCCCUCUGGUGCUGCGGCUUAUGCUGUACACGUUGGUGUCGCUGUUCGGCAUAGCGCUGUGGACGACGGUGACGGACCUGGUGCAGCACUACCGAGACAGCCAGGCUGACCAGGCUGCCGCCCAGCUCGGGGCCACCUACGCCUGGGGCGGUGUCGAGUUCUAUGAGAAGAUGCUGGAGCGUAACCGUGCGCUGCGCCGGCUGCUGGGUGACGCCGGCGAGCGCCAGUACUCGGCCUACGGAAACGAGCUGUACAUGCUGCGAACGCCGCGCAUGCCCGUCACCGAACGGCUGGAGACGCUGCGCGCGUACUGUGAGCGCCACCACCCGCGCGACGAGGUGGCGCCACCGGCCACCGGCCCGGACGCCGAGGUGGCGCCACCGGCGACCUAGUGGCCCCUCCGCCUUCGGCCAGCCGGCGGUGGUGAUGGGGCGUGCGCGUGGACGGAUGUGUGUUAGCUGCGUAUGAGGGGGGAUGAAGAUGAAAGUCGUGCAGAUGAGCGCUCUGGGGCUCAUUUUUGCGGAUACAUGGCGAAGCUCGGUCGCGUUUUUGCAUUGCGCCGGUUCAGCGACAUUUGGCAAUGCUAUGUGCAUCGUGUCCUUGUCACAGGUAACAGGUUACGCUUACUCGCAUGUUCAUCACAUUUUUGGAAUAUGCCGUGAUUAAAGAAUAACUAUUUAAAAUGGCGCU